GAAACAGAACCCUAGGCUCUAGCUGAGGAACAAAGCCCGCUAAUCCUGGGACGCAUGCGCAGUAGGAAGCCGAGGAGGGCCGCGCCUGCGCAGUUGGGGUCGAGUUCGCCUUGGUCGGGCUGCUUGCUGUGGUGUCGCUGUCCCGAGACUAAACCGGGGUGAAAGGGAGGCCCACAGCCGGAUGGGGCGCCAUGGAAGUUGAUGCAAAACUAUUCUGGAGUCAUUUGGAUAGCAACACGGUGGAUUUGAUGUUUGAACGACUGCAAAGAGUGCUGUUGUCUCUGCAGCAGAAAAUCAAGGAUGGAACUGCAACCGAGGAAGAAUGCUGCCAAGCUUUUGCAUUUAUACAACAAGUGGAUAUGACUGACAUCUUACCUCUGACAAAUGUAAAUGUUGCUUCUGAUGAAGAUAUUCAGAAUUGCGAACUUGAUUUGCAUUCUUCUCCCUCAAGUGGAGUUAGAGAAGAUCCUGGAAAUGUUUUUUCUUUUGGAAGAAUGGAGACAAAUGAAGUGUUGUCUUCAAGGAGUAAAAGAAUGCUAACCGGAAAGGCGUCAAAGGUUCCAUAUCAAGCUCAUACCUGCUCAAAAAAUUGUCUUGCCAAAAGGCCAUGGAACUCAUAUAAGGGCGAGAACCCUCUUUGCCUGCCACUGCUGUGUCAUUUCCAGAGGAGGCACGCAAAACCCGAUGCUGUCUUCAAGUCGCAUGAUGUGAUGUACAGAGCUCCUUGUGGAAAGACUCUGAGAAAUUUCCAAGAUGUGCAGAAAUAUUUGUUUCAAACAGAAUGCAACUUUUUAUUUUUAGAUCACUUUUCCUUCAAUACCUAUGUGCAGGUGUUUAGAAACACACCUAGUCAUCAAUCGUGUGAAUUUGAUUUUGAUAUCAGUAAAGGUGUUGAGACGGUACCAGUUUCUUUCUGUAAUGAUAUAGACCACAGUCAGCUGCCUUAUUUUAAAUAUCGGAAGACUUCAUGGCCACAUGGAUACUUCCUGAACAAUUUCUCCAGCACUUUCCUUGACUCAUGCAGCUGCACCGAUGGCUGCAUCGACAGGACAAAAUGUGCCUGCCUGCGUCUUACUGAGAGAAAGUGCCAUGAAGUGUCAGAUUCUUCAGGAAAGGGAAAAUUCAUUGGCUAUCGUUACAAAAGGCUGGAUGAACCAGUUCCUAGCGGAAUUUACGAGUGCAGCUUGUUGUGUACCUGUGACAAGAGCAUGUGCCAGAACAGAUUAGUGCAGCAUGGUCUUCAAGAGCGGCUCCAGGUUUUCAACACCGAAAAGAAGGGCUGGGGGGUCCGUUGCCUUGAUGAUAUUGACAAAGGGACGUUUGUUUGUACGUACUCAGGCAGACUGAUGAACAGAAAUGAAUCUUGGCAAGUAAAGGAUGGUGAUGGAGAUGAUGAUAAAGAGGAGGAUGCAGAGAAUAGUAACGGGAGCAACAACUUACUUUCAAUUAAAAUAGAAGCUGUCUGUUCUGAUUCACAGACUGAACUUAACCAAACUGGGAUGCAAAAAUAUUUGCAUGUAAAACCUGAAGAUCAGCCAGAUAUAAUUCAGAACUCCAGCUACAAAAAGCGUUGGCAUAACCAAACUGUCAAAAGGCCAGAAACCAGAACAUCUAUUCUUCAGCGUCACCGGAGACAACUAGGUAUUGCUGAUGCCAGCUCAGAUGAAGAUGUGAGUGCUGAGUGCCAGAAACCAGUAAGGAGAGGAGUGACUGCUACAACCCCAAAAGGACAUGAAAAUCUACAUUUAGAGGUCGGAGAACUUGUGAAUCCUGUACAGCCCAAAGUUAAUACAGACCACCAUGCAGGGAAUCCUCUUUCCAUUGCUGCUUUGAACAGCACACCACCUGUGCAGGAUGAAAAGCAAUGCAGAGACUUACUUUGGACUGGUAAUGCAUGCACAGAAGAGCUUGGGAGGGGCAAAUGGGAAUCUUUUCAAAAUGAGGAAGCAAUGGAAGAUGAUGAAUCACAGCUAAAGGCCAAGGAGGUUCCUUAUUUGCUGGAUGCCACUAGAGAAGGCAAUGUGGGCCGAUUUCUUAAUCACAGCUGCUCCCCAAAUCUCUUUGUACAGAGUGUAUUUGUAGAGACCCACAACAGAAAUUUCCCAUGGGUGGCUUUCUUCACAAACAGGCAUGUAAAAGCUGGAACUGAACUCACAUGGGAUUAUGGUUAUGAAGCUGGAAGUAUGCCCGAAAUAGAAACACCCUGUUACUGCAAGGCUCUGAAGUGCAGGAAAAAAAUACUACUUCCAACUCUAGGAUUUUAUGAGUCUGGCUGCUAUUUGCAUCACCAAAAGGGAUGCUGGGGCUCCACUGGGAGCAAUUCUGGUGGGGAGGAGCGUGGUGACGUCAGACGCAGGUCCCUUCUCCUGCCGCGCAUGCGUGGUAAACCCGCGGACGUCAUUAGUCCGGCGCGAAGAUCCCUGGCUGCCGUUGAGCUUCUGCUUUCCAGGAAAACGACCUUGAUAAUGGCAAAGAUGGUAAGAAGACGAUGUGCAUUUUGCCCUGAAGAUGAGGAAUGUGCCAUUAUGUAUGUUGCUGAAGGACAGGAUCUUGCAGUCCAUCAGGAUUGUCUGUUGUAUUCCUCAGGAUUUGUAGAGUCUGAAGAAUACAGUUCGGACAAUCUUGAUAUACGGUUCAAGGUGGCUUCAGUAGUGAAUGAAAUAAAGAGAGGGAGGAGGCUGAUGUGCUAUUUCUGUCGCAAGAAAGGAGCCACAGUUGGCUGUGAGAUAAAACACUGUCGCAGAGGCUAUCAUUAUUUCUGUGCACUGUGUGAUGAUGCGGCAAUAGAAACAGAUGACGUGAAAGGCACUUACCGGUUUGACUUAAUGAAGAGAGAGCGAGGGGGGCUGGAAUGCGUACAGUAUGAAGAAAAUGAUGCUUCUGCCUCUUCACUUUGUGUUUUGUGCUUCCUUGUCACAACUUUGUGCUUCUACCAUUUUAAAGUUGAUCUUUCCCAUGUGAAUGUGUGUAUAUAUAUUGUUAUUUAUGAAGUAUUUUCUCCCAACAUUUCUGCAUUAAGAGUGUUUUGUCCAAAUCAUGACCCUGCCAAGAAAAACAGUUUUUAUGAUGAAGAUAGUAAGAGGGGAAGGUCCCCAGUCCCCAUGAAAUCUUCAUCGACUAGACAAAAAAUGAAUAAUAAAGAGACGGUUGUAGAAGAAAACCUACAAGCCCUCAGGAAAAGGCAGAACCAACAUAAAGGAAAGAUAGAAUUUUUAAGAAAGUGUAAGCAGGCUGGGCUUCUUGAUGAAAUAUUUGAGGAAAUGUUAGACACACUUCAUCUGGCGCAGGAAAAGCUAAUGGAUGACAACACUUCAGAAACAGAAUAUGAAGACACCGUAAUGUCACUUUUUGAUUGUGGCCUCUUUGAAAACAUACUUACAGCUGCUCAGUCAGGAACAGAAGAAAAAAUUCAGGAGCUACUAAAUACAAGAAAGAGAUUGGAUGCCCAGAUUGGGAUUCUUCAAGAUUUGAAAGAAGUAGUACUUUCUUCUCCGGGAGACACAAUCAGCAUAUCUAACAGUACCUCUGAAUAACUCACAUCUGAAGACUUGAUUGUUCAGUUUUUAUGUCUGAUUUCUUGCAUAAAAUUGAAUUUACAAUAGAUAGAUUUGUUUUUAUAUGUCACUUUCUGUUACCUGUCCUUUUCUAGACACUUUAUUCUACCCUUUUUGUUAUAAAGAUUGUUUGUGUUUGGACAUGCUGAUGUUGGUAAGUCCCCUCGUGUGGGUGGAUGUCCGGCUGCAGGACCAUGGUUGCACUUUCCUUCUAUUUAUACAAGGAUUAUUAGGAAGGAAUUAGAUAAGGUUGCCAUGUUUUCCAUGGCUUCAUUUGCAGUUGGUGCUAUUGACAAAUCACUUCCAGAAUCACUGUGAGGCCAGAGGGUUCUUCAGCAGUCUCUUCACUACAUGAAUUUUAAAUGUCUAACUUAUUUUAGUUCUAACUGCAGUGCUUUGUAAUAAUAAGCGGAUUAAACCGCUAAGCUGCAGAAUCUGUUGAUCGGAAGAUGGGUGGUUUGAAUCCCCUGAGCUCCCGUUGUUAGCUCCAGCUUCUGCCAGCCUAGCAGUUCAAAAACAUACAAGUGUGAGCAGACCACUUUGGUGGGAAGGUAAUAGUGCUCCAUGUACUCAUAGUAUUUGACCUAUGAGGUGUCUACAGACAACAACGGUACUUCAGCGAGUCACGACUAGACUUAAUGUCAAGGUUUAUAGCCAACUAUCAUAUACCCAUGCAUAAGACAAUGAGUAUAUUUUGGGGCCAAAAUGUUGGAUUUUCGUAUGAUCUGUGGAUAAGUUGAGAGUCAUCCUGCAGGGAGGGGAAAACACUAAUGCCAUCUCAUAACCAGCUGUCCCUGCCAUUAUUUCCCCAUUUGCACAUUAAAAACAGAAGUGGUCCUACUCUAAAGAGAGUAGCUUUGUUUAGGGUUUCCCUGGAACAGACUAAGUUUCUGUCUUUCAUGAUAUUACUCAGAGAAGGGGAUGGGUCCUUUUCUCAUUAAAAGUUAAGACCCGGAACUGUGGAUAAGUCAACCCAGAUUUUAUACAUCUUUGCUUUACGUCCUAAGAUAUAAAUAAUUUUGUGCACCCUAUAUUUUCUACUUGCAGUUUUUACAGAUUGGGUCUUGUGUGUGUGUGUGUGUGUUCAUAUUCAUUCAGGUAGUUAUGACUGUGCUUACGAGAGCAAGCAUUAAUUGCAGCAAUCUCAAAAUUAAUCCUUAUGUGAAAAGGUUAAGAAUCAGAAAUAUACAGGCCUAAAGAUUUUUUUGUGCUUUAAAGAAUUGUCAAAAUGCUUUACCUUUAACAUUACAGAAUUGUACAUAUCUGUUUAAUAAAUUUUUUAAGGAAAAUA